AUGGGUCCGACGAAGUACCUCCGACGAGGAUUAGCCCAGAUGACGUGCGUCGUUCUUUUGGCGUGCUCGGCGGCGGCGGAUUACUGCGGAGCGAAUAAGGUGCCCUACGGACUCGAGGUGCACAGAGACGGGAGACUGAAUCUUCUCUGCUCGAGGCCCAACUGCCACGAGAAGAAGUACGCGGUGCGUUGUCCCUCCGCGAUGCAGGAAAACUCAUUUUUGUUCAAUUAGAGACAAAAACUGUAUGCUGACUGUAAAAUCGGUUGAAAUGUUUCCUUGGACAGCAGACAGUCAGAAAUUGAAAAAGCUUUAUUUGGAAAAAAAAAUUGAGGGUCGCGUUGUCCCUUUUUGCUCUGAAAAAUCGAGAUGUAGUCUGGUCAGUUCGUAAAUGCAUACUGAGACGCUUGAAUUAACAGCAUAAAUUUCUUGGCGGAUAAAAAGCAAUUCUUCUGGGAACCGCUCCUUCUCAUCAAGUUUAUGAAGUUAGUUAAUUAAUUUCCAAGUAUUCCAGAAAAAUUUUUCAACCGAUUAUAAUGCAAAAAUACUUGCAAAACGUAUUCAAGACUUUUUAAAAGAUAUAAUUUUUGUAGGAGUGUCCGGAAAGAGAGACGACGUCGCGAUGUCUGAGCAACUCUUCUUGGGUCGGCGGCCUCACUCAACAUACCGAUGGAGGGUCCGUUUCUGUUAUUUUCCUUUCCUGAAUGUUUUUAUUCUCUCAUUCAGAAUUCUUCUUCGAUGCUGUGAGUACGAUCUUCUGCCUAAAUAUGGGAAAUUACAAUACUCUGAGGUUUGAAGUUUUUGCUAAUCGAUCUUGUUGAAAUCCUCGAUCAAAAAUCAUUUUUCAGGUUUUUUUUUCAUGAUGCAAAAAAAUACUUUAUUUAAAGCAUUUUGCUGACAUUGGGAACUCAGUUGAGUAAUUUAGUUUUUUUUUUGAUGGCUGGAGGAAACUUUUGAUGAAGCUUUACAGGAAAAACAAAGUUUGUGAAAGAAAAAACACCACGAAUUGUUUUUUUCCCAUUGAUGAAAUAAAACUUGUGAAAUUUUAGCUGAAAAUCCGGAAGGGAGAGUUCUUCGAGGGCGAAGAGAAACUCGCAAAAAACAACGAAGACGUUAUCGCCUUCGACAUCAUCACUGACAUAGAACAGAAGAGAGAUCUGAAAGGGUUCGUAGAUGAAUGAAUGAAGGGAAAAUUAUCUGGAAAAGAACCCUGCAGGGUCUACUAUUCGUUGACGGUGACGCGUUAUGAGUGCGGCAAGAUCCCCGAUUCGCCGCCUCUUUGGUACAAGACGAGGCAGUGGCCUUACUGGCGAUGACACAAGAUUUGCCGUGAGUUCAUUUUUCAGAGCUCCUGACUGAUUCUCAUGGGUUCAGAUGCCAUAGUACGGGUUCUUCAGUGAUUAUUUUCGGGUUCCGACUUCUCCACAUCUCUCUACCUUUUUUCUGCUGGGCUCUCUUGUGA